AUGCCCUCAAAACUCCGGGCUAGCCUCUUAAAAGGGCCUCUAGACCUAGCAGAUUUCCUCCUCUCCUGUCCGGCGUGCUCCCCAGCCCGCCAAUCCCUCCGUUCUACCGUGAAUUCCUCUCCGCUUCGUCGCAAAUUCCCUAGAUUCCACCGACGCCUUACGUCAACAGUCUCCGCUAGUGUCGCAUCCCAUGAGAAUCAGUUUGUUCCGGCCCGCUAUAAGGAAUUAUAUGAAGCUUUGGGCCGGGUUGGCGAAGUUGCAGCAGAGCAUGUUGAUCUAGCACGAUUGCAGCUGGCGUUGAGGGGCUUGGAGAGCGAGAGGCCUGUUGUGAGAAUUGCCGUGCUUGGAGUGGAUGAUACUGCGACAGCAGUCAGACUUGUGCGAUUGAUCCUUGCCGACCCGUUGAGUUCCAAGGCGGACUGGGAGAAGCAUCUCGAAGAAUACCAUCUACGUGACUCGCAGGGGCUGUUGAUAAGAUAUGGCGAACCUUCAGAAACUCCGGUGACCGAUAGCUCAUUGCCAACGAUUUCCAUACCAUCGAUAACACUGCGGAAUGCGAGCAUUGAAAUUUUAAUUUCGUCAAUAAGUACUAGAACAUCACAUUUGCUUCCUGAUGCUAUAUCCAAUGCCGUUGAGACGCCUACGAUAUCCAUCGGCUCAUCCGACGGUGCACACCAUACUACCGUUCGAUAUCCCGUGCACAAGACUAUAGUUUGUGGAAAUGGAAUCGACGAUCUGCUGGCAUACACAAAAAUAGCAAAAAAUAUAAAUGGAAACGCCGAUAAACCCAUCGUCCACGCGACAUUCAACCUCAACGCGAAACCGGCACCGAAAACAGGAAGCCAGUCAUUUUCCUUUGUCGAUUUAGAACAAGCAGAAUUGGCACUAGCUAGAUUCAGGGAGUCAGCUCAGCAUGCGACUGAAUAUGAGCGUGGGUGGACGAGGAGCGGUAUUCAACCCCUCAUUGAGUGGAUGGUUGAACAAUACCAAGACUCCGCCCUACGUCCAGAAGUCCGUGGACUCGCCCAGUCAGUCCUAGAUUCUACAGAGAGAAAUCUCGCUAGGGACGAAAAUGCCACUCUACAAAAGCGAGAGGCGGAGUCGGUCUCAGAAAACGUGCGAGCAGCUUUGGAGACAGAAGUCUCGUCGUGGGCGGAGAGUGCACAUACGGAACUCCGACAGUCUCUUAAUAAUGCGUUUUCCCACCAUAAAUGGCGUAAUCUAGUGUGGUGGAAGCUGUUUUGGCGAGUUGAUGAUGUUGGAAUGAUGAGUGCAAGUAUUCUGGAUAAGCAAUGGCUCCCGCAGGCGGAACGGAAAGCGAUAUGGCUCGGCGGGAAAUUCCAGCAGGCUGGCUUACUGAACCAAAACGAAUCCUUUCCGACUCAGACGACCGAUGGUGCAACCUCAAAUUUGAAGGAAAGCGAGGCGUCCAAGGCCCUCUCGACCGGGAAAUGGCCCGCCACUAUUUCACAAACCAGAGAUCACCUCCUCAACACAAAGGUGCCAUCGCUUCAUGCGCUAGCACAGACUCUGGUGCUUAGCAGUGUGUCAACGACGACAUUAACGUCUGCUUUGUCGGUAUUAACCCACGUGGCAACUUCCGCUACGACUUUGGAGGAGGCCGGUACAAUUGCCGCGGUUGGUAUAAUUUAUUCCCUACGACGACAGCAAAAGCGAUGGGAUGCAGCCCGCAGAUACUGGGAGAGUGAAGUGCGAGAGGAAGGGCGGAAGGCUCUGAAGGAUAGCGAGGAUGCCAUACGGACGUUGUUAAGAGAUGGCGGCCGGGCCACAGAGCCUGUCAUCGACACUGAGGCCAGAAAGGGUAUCGAUAGAGCCAAAGUGGCCUUAGAGAGUGUAAAAUAG